GUAGUGGGGCUCAGGCCAGAGGUCAGGCCCGAGGGGCCGCGGGGCGGGAGGCGGCCCCGGCUCGGGGGAUAAGGGCGUGCGUGGCUGGGCCGAGAGCUGGUUGAAUGCCGCUGGUCCUGGGUACUCGAAGCCGCCAAACUUUCCUGUUCUCCCUGCUCUGAGGCGUCUCUUCCCUGGGGCAGAAACGUCGCGGCCUCGGUCUGGGCUCGGUCUGGGCUCUGUGGCUACACCCUCCCCGGUCUCCUCUGCCCCGGGAGACUUCGGGAAGGAGGAAUAGCACAACAUGCUGGGGUCUGGAUUUAAAGCUGAGCGCUUACGAGUCAAUUUGAGAUUAGUCAUAAAUCGUCUUAAACUACUGGAGAAAAAAAAAACGGAACUGGCUCAGAAAGCAAGGAAGGAGAUUGCUGACUAUCUGGCCGCUGGGAAAGAUGAACGAGCUCGGAUUCGUGUGGAGCACAUUAUCCGUGAAGAUUACCUAGUGGAGGCCAUGGAGAUCCUGGAGUUGUACUGUGACCUGCUGCUGGCUCGGUUUGGCCUCAUCCAGUCUAUGAAGGAGCUAGAUUCUGGUCUGGCUGAAUCGGUGUCUACACUGAUAUGGGCUGCUCCUCGACUCCAGUCUGAAGUGGCUGAGUUGAAAAUAGUUGCCGAUCAGCUCUGUGCCAAGUAUAGCAAGGAAUAUGGCAAGUUAUGUAGGACCAAUCAGAUUGGAACUGUCAAUGACAGGCUAAUGCACAAACUGAGUGUGGAAGCCCCACCCAAAAUCCUGGUGGAGAGAUACCUAAUUGAAAUUGCCAAGAAUUACAACGUGCCCUAUGAGCCUGACUCUGUCGUCAUGGCAGAAGCUCCUCCUGGGGUAGAGACAGAUCUUAUUGAUGUUGGAUUCACAGAUGAUGUGAAGAAAGGUGGCCCUGGAAGAGGAGGAGGAGGGGGUGGGUUCACAGCACCAGUGGGCGGACCUGAUGGAACAGUGCCAAUGCCCAUGCCCAUGCCCAUGCCCUCUCCAAAUACACCUUUCUCAUAUCCACUGCCAAAAGGACCUUCGGAUUUCAAUGGAUUGCCAGUGGGGACUUAUCAGGCCUUUCCCAAUAUUCAUCCACCUCAGAUACCAGCAACUCCCCCAUCGUAUGAAUCUGUUGAUGACAUUAAUGCUGAUAAGAAUGUUUCUUCUACACAGAUUGUUGGUCCUGGACCCAAGCCAGAAGCCCCUGCAAAGCCCCCUUCUCGACCUGUGGAUAACUAUGACAACUUUGUACUACCAGAGUUGCCAUCUGUGCCAGACACACUACCAACUGCAUCUGCUGGUGCCAGCACCUCAGCAUCUGAAGACAUUGACUUUGAUGAUCUUUCCCGGAGGUUCGAAGAGCUAAAAAAGAAAACAUAGGCCUCUUAAACCAGGCAACUUCUGGGAGUUGAGACUGAGCAGUUUCUCCCUGUAACAAAGAAUCUCCAUGAAAUUCCGUUUCAUCUGUUAACCGUCACUGAGCACACUUCCUUGGGGUUCUCUUCCUACUUCUCCAGAUUCUGCUGCUUUCCAGUUCUCUACUGAUCUUAAGAGACUAACAGCUGGAGACGCUGGCUCCUGACAGCUGUGCUUGGCUGUUUCCUGUGAGAGUGAUCCCAGGUUCUCUCCUGGUCUCUCCACAGGAGAGCGGGAACGUGAACGCCUUAUGGGAAGAGCCACCGGAGAUGGCUGAACAGUGGAGGAGAGCACCCCAUGAAGCCUCUCAGCCUUGUGUUGACUUAGAAACAAACCCCAUUGAGGUGAGGGAAUCAAGGCCACGGUGUGCGUUUUCUCACUAACAUGAAAUAGGGAAGAGAGAGAAAAUGACUCAGGAGGCCAGUGUUGUAACAGUUCCUGGUAGCUGGGCCCCCGUUGGUAUUAUACACUACUCCUUGCUGCAGGGCACUGUUCAACCUGGAUCCAGUUGCAAAGUUGAAGGCCCCUCUUAGUUCUGCUGGAUUCUCAGGGAGCCCUCUGUGGCCUUUUGCUUUAUUUUGAGUGCUGUGUUUCCCUUUCACAAGAGGGCAGCACUGUUGAAAUUUCUGUUUUCCACAUGGCAUAUUCUGUUGGAUUGCAUUACUGGCAGAGGGAGGACAGGCCACAUAUUGGGCAGAAGCUGCCCUUGAAGCCUAGGGUGGGCUUCCAGCUGCCUUAAUAGAAGUACUCAAGUCUUUUGGGUAGUGAGCUGGAAAGCCUACAGGACAAGAGGAGUAUGUUUUCAUUUGAAAACUUUAUGACUAGUGGAAUCUUGAAAACUGACCUCAGAUAAAUUUUUGGUGCCCAUGUGGCUACAAUUCAUGGCUUUCUGGAAGGGAUGAGACUCUUAAUGUUAUAACUCACGUGCUCCUUUGCCCCAGAACUGAAGCCCUCCUUCCUCACAGGGAUGGUUUUGGGAUCAAAAGAUAAAAAAUUUUGUUUCUGUGUAACAUAUCUGUAAAUACCUGUUUCCACCAACUUUAGUGUUUUUGAUUGGGUUGUAUCUCAUGGCCUAGUAGUUGCUAAUAAAGUUAGAAGAUCUUGUGUCAUCAUUUUUUCAAUCUCAAACAAUGAUGUAUAAAUUUGAAUUUUAGUGGAGAAUAUUUUAAGCAAGUGAUCCAUGUUGGUGUACAAGCCAGAGCCAGCCCUCACCUUCGGUCUCCUCAGUGUUGCAGAUGUCUGAAGCAGUGCAGGGCUUAUUUUGAUCUCUGUGAGUUUGGUUACUCCUCUCUGGCAGGGUUCUGCAGCAGCCAGAGUUCAUACUUAAAUCUUUAUUUUUAGUAAGUUGCAGUGAGCUCACUUGUGACUCAUUUCUCACAGCCAUCUUGUGGUAUGGGUGGUGUUCUGUUACUUGCUGCGUGGCAUCAAGAGCUGGUUUAUUCUUAAUGUUUUUGCAGGGUUAUCCUAUCCUGACAGGGCCAAGAUCCAGAAGCAAGAACUUGGAGCCAAGGGGAUUUUGAUUCCUUACUAACAAGAGCAAAGUGUAGGGAGGGAGCAGUGGUGGGGAAAAAUUUUAAAAGUAUAUACAUCUAUAAUUUUCUAAGCUGUGCUAUGCAAAGAUAAGUAAUAAUAUGCUAGGAAAUAAGCCAAGAUAGGAAGUAACAGGAUUAAGGUAGUUCAUUUUCUACAACCUCAAUGUCUUUCCCCAUUGCUGUCAUGGCUUCUUGCUUAGAUGAGGGGUUCUGGUAUCGUUGGAUUCCUAACAAACUUGAGAACUUCUGUAGCAGCAUAUCUACCACUGUAGCUUCUUUCUGAGUAUUUAAAGACAAAAGGGAAAAAAUGAAAUUAUUGCUAAUGUUCAAGAAACACCAAAGAUAAAUUAGUAAAGACACUAUUUCUGUAAUGAUUUUCAGGCAUGUGGAGUGUUUCCGCUACUUGAGGGCCAGCUUUUUAUAGGACAUUAGCUAUAGAACAUUAUGUCGUCUUGGUUACUUGGGUUUCCUAGGAAAAUAGUUGGCAGAGCUGUUGAAACUAAUAAAGGGAAUAUGGUGAUACUGUG